UCUCCAACUCCAACAGCUCUCCAGUAACUCAGCAGCUCCAGCAGCAGCCCAACCUUCUCAGACAGAUGGUGAGACUGCAGCGGUAGGAGUAGAGGUAGAUGCAGCCACAGCAGCUCCAGAGCAACAGAAGACCCAGGUAGAGACCCAGGGACAGGACUUUUCUCCCCAGUCCGAAGGGCCUCUCCCUGGGCAUCAUGGUGGUGUUCUGGCUGGUGGUUGCUGUCUACCCCGGGCUGUGCUCCGCAGGAGGCCAUCCCAGGACAGUCCUGCGCCACACAGCAGGAGUGUGGUGAGCAUGUAUGGCGCCCCAGCCAGACAGCAACGAGGCUCGCUAAGUGACCAGGACAGAACAGACAAACCCAGGAGGCCCAGGAGUGUGUGCAUGCUGGGAGGCCCCAACCUCAACCCUGCCCUGUUGCAGCCCGGGUCCCACAGGUCCCACUCCCAACAGACCUCCAGAAGGGGGGCUACAGGGUCACUGGACGGUCCCCCCCAGCAGUGCUGGACCAGAAGGGCAGAGCUGCGGGCGGUGGACGGCCUCAAGCCAGGGAUCCUCCCUCAACGGACGGUGGCUGAGGAGAAGGUGGUCCCCAGGGUCCGGCAGCAGACCUGGAAACAGAGACCGGUCAGUAUGACAAUGUUGGAGCUGAGGAAGAAGGCCUCUGGGUCCCAGGACGAGCUGGACAGCCAUAAGGGAAGCCAGGGGGGAGGUCUGUUCGGCCGCUGGAGGAUGUUUGGCCGACCAGACCAGGACAAGGAUAAGGAGCAGGAGGGAGCCCGAGCCCCAGGCUCCAAGCCCCCCAGCAGGCCGGACGUCCCCAAGAAGACCCUGAGCUCUUUACGCCGGAGUCUCAGUCUGCGGAUCAGGAGGAACCGGCCGCGGGAGAGAGUGGAAAUAUCUGAAGUGACAGCAGAGGAACGCUCACGGACCAAAAGUAUCGGGCAGGAGACAUCUCUCCCCUCGCGUCCCUUCUCCUACCUCACCGGGAGGAGCCUGCCGCCCACUUACGAGAAGGACAAUGAUGGAGGGAUGCAGAACAUUCAGUACCACAGCCAGGGCAAGGUCAAGGUGAUGGAGGUGCCACUCUACCCAGCCAAACUAUCCUCCUCCACUAAACCAGCCCAUGAGGAGCCCAGCGUGUGGCAGCUCAUAGCCAGCCGCUUUAGGAGGAAGGAGCAGCAACAGCCGUCCAAUGGUAAAUGUGAACUCCAGCCCCAACCCCUGAGCAAAGAGACUCAGACUGGCAAAUAUCCCCUGGCUGGGAGUAAAAAGCCUCAGUCGGUUGCCAUAGAGACUCUGGCAGGCAUUGACUGCAGCAAAGGUCAAGACUCUUUUGUCAACAGCCAAGAAUGGACAUUGAGUCGAUCAGUGCCAGAGCUCAAAGUGGGUAUUGUGGGUAAUCUGUCGAGCGGGAAGUCGGCCCUGGUCCACCGGUACCUGACAGGCACGUACGUGCAGGAGGAGUCCCCUGAAGGUGGUCGGUUCAAGAAGGAGAUCGUGGUUGAUGGACAGAGCUACCUGCUGCUGAUCAGAGACGAGGGAGGCCCCCCGGAGCUGCAAUUUGCAGCGUGGGUAGACGCUGUGGUUUUUGUCUUCAGUCUGGAGGAUGAGAUCAGUUUCCAGACGGUCUACAACUACUUCCUGCGUCUGUCUAGCUACAGGAACACAGCAGAGGUCCCCAUGGUCCUGGUCGGGACACAAGAUGCCAUCAGUGCUGCCAACCCCAGAGUGAUCGAUGACUCGCGGGCCAGGAAGCUGUCCAACGACCUGAAGCGUUCCACCUACUACGAGACCUGCUCCACCUACGGCCUCAAUGUGGAGAGAGUCUUCCAAGAUGUCGCCCAGAAGGUGGUGGCUCUGAGGAAAAAGCAGCAGCUGUCUAUUGGUCCGUGCAAGUCCCUUCCCAACUCGCCUAGCCACUCAUCAGUCCCCAACGCAUCCAUCCCCUCUGUGCAUAUUAACCAGGCGGCGAAUGGCGGGGGUGCGUUUAGCGACUACUCCUCCUCUGUGCCCUCCACUCCCAGCAUCAGCCAGAGGGAGAUGCGCAUUGAGACCAUCGCCGCCUCCAACACGCCCACACCCAUCCGCAAGCAGUCCAAGCGCCGCUCCAACAUCUUCACAUCACGGAAAGCCAACAGUGAACAGGCAAAGACCACUGACAGUAAAACAGAUAGCAUAGGCAGUGGAAGGGCCAUACCCAUGAAACAGGGCAUCCUUCUGAAGAGAAGUGGGAAGUCCCUCAAUAAGGAGUGGAAGAAGAAAUACGUCACACUUUGUGACAACGGCCUCCUCACCUACCACCCCAGUUUACAUGACUACAUGCAGAACGUGCAUGGGAAAGAGAUUGACCUGUUGAGGACCACGGUCAAGGUGCCAGGGAAACGACCACCCAGAGCGGUCACCACCAUCGCCCCCACCGCCAGCCCCAAGACCAACGGGCUGACCAAGGACCGCAGCACCUUGCAGCUGGGCGUAGGCACCACAGGUGCUCCCCAUUCUAACAGCAAUACAUCCCUCCAGUCAGAGCGAUCGGUCAGUGGAGGAGGUCUGGUGGGCUUCGGGGGCAGUAAGGACAGCAUGCACCAACGCUCCUUCUCUGUUUCCAGCGCUGACCAAUGGAAUGAGGCCAUCAUCAACACCAGUGCAAGCACCGGGGCCGCCAAUGGGAUGGGCGAGCCCCUAACCUGCAGCUCUGGAGUGGGCAGUGCCACCAGUCCCAAGCUGGAGCCUCCCCCCUCGCCUCACGCCAACCGCAAGAAACACAGACGGAAAAAGAGCACGGGCAUCACCAAGCCAGACGGGCCGUCUGCAGGCAAUGAAGAGUCGGAGGAGUCGUUUGAGUUCAUCAUCGUGUCUCUGACGGGCCAGAUGUGGCAUUUCGAGGCAUCUACGUUUGAGGAGAGGGAGCUGUGGGUCACAGCCAUCGAGAGCCAGAUCUUUGCCAGCCUGCAGUCCUGUGAGAGCAUGAAGAACAAGUCCCGGUUAGGCAGCCAAAGUGAUGCAGCGUCCAUUCAGUCCAUAAGGAACGUGAGAGGGAACAGCAUCUGUGUGGACUGUGAUGCAGCCAACCCGGACUGGGCCAGUCUUAACCUGGGGGCUCUGAUCUGUAUCGAGUGUUCAGGGAUCCACAGGAAUCUGGGGACCCACCUGUCAAGGGUCCGCUCCCUGGACCUGGAUGACUGGCCCGUGGGGCUCAGCAUGGUGAUGAUGGCUAUAGGCAACGCUAUGGCCAACAGUGUCUGGGAGGGGGCCCUGGAGGGGUACACCAAGGUGGGCGCUGACAGCACCAGGGAGGAGAGGGAACGGUGGAUCCGGGCUAAGUAUGAGCAGAAGCUGUUCCUGGUGGGUCUCCCCCAGUCGGACGUGCCCCUGGGGCAGCAGCUGCUCCGGGCCGUGGUGGAGGACGACCUGAGGCUGGUGGUGCUGCUGCUGGCCCACGGCACCAAGGAGGAGGUCAAUGAGACGUACGGGGACGGGGACGGACGCACCGCCCUGCAUCUGUCCUGCGCCAUGGCCAACGUGGUCAUCACCCAGCUUCUCAUCUGGUACGGUGUGGACGUGAAAAGUCGGGACGCGCGCGGCCAGACGCCGCUGUCCUGCGCCCGGCGGGCAGGAAGCCAGGAGUGUUCUGACAUCCUGCUCCAACACGGCUGCCCCAAUGACCCCGUCAGCAGCAGCAGCCUCACCACCCCCAACAUGAGCCGCAGAAACCCCAAUGUUAACCCCAACCCUAACGUCAACAACAACAACGCCCUCAGUGAGCUCAACCGCAGUGUCAGUAUAAUGUAGGACCAGGAGUGGAUCAUCCCAGAGCAGACCGUAGUUGACUUGACUCACCGAUCACCAAGGCCCGUAAACAUACACACACUGUUCCCCAUAGACUAUCCAGUGAUCGUACUUCUCUCCCCAUUCUCCUCCUACUGCGCUUCAUACUGUGUAACCUAGACUGAGUGACUGGCAGUGGAGGUUUUUUUGUGCGCAACGGACAGGAUAGAGAUAUUCCAAGACGCUGAGAGAGGCAGGCUUACCUGGUGGACAUUGUAUAUUGUAUUUGUUUGGUUGUUGUUUUUCUCACAUCAUUAGCACAGCGGUACAUCUGUCAGUAAUGAUUAUGAUCAGUUUAAAGCUUUUUAUUGUUAUUAAGCAUCAACCAAAUGAAUGGCUCACCCCUCCCCUCCCUACUAAAACAGUUAAUUUUUAUGCUUGAACAUUUCCUUUCAUGUCGUCCACUGUUGGAGCCAAACUGUGUUUUUAUUGUGCUGUUAUAUGAAAUGACAAAAUCCUUCCAUUAAUGCUUCCAUGUCUAUAUAGAGAAAGAUAAACACCUUCGUAACAUUUUGCUUUAGAUACUCCAAAGGAACUUGUUGGAUGCACAGCGUUUGCUGAGUGGUAUCAUCCAUAGUCAUACAGGAAAUAAACUAUUACUAUAGAUAGUGUAAUACGGUUUACAGCAAGUCCUCCAUAUCACACCAAUUUCAGAAUUAUUAAGGUUCUAUAUGAACCAGUUAUUAUUGGUACUAUGAAGCCAUCAAACUCUUGACAUACCAUUCAUGUACAAAAGCAACGCAUGUCUAGGUAGGUGGAAGGUCAAAAAUGAUUGAAAUACUUUGCUUAAGGGCAAAAGGUUUAAAUCAUAAUUUGACAUUUAAGAGAAGAUUGCACAAUGGGAGAAUUUUGGGAGAUAGUUAAGUGAGUCAUUUGUUCUUCCACCCUGAUCAUGAUCCGCUUGCGAAUCAUCCAUGAUUAUAAGGGAAUUGAGGGUCUGUUUUAUGAGCAUCAUGUCGAUUGGUUUUUGUAAAAAUGCCUCUUCAAUCAGAAAUCAUGCAGAGGAAUGAUUGAAGGAAGGAAAUUGUAUCAUUAAGAGAUCUUUGUUGGAGUAAGUGUUGAUAAUUAUUUGACA